AUGCCAUUGCUACCGCCUCCGCCGCCGCCGACGGCGGCUCCCGGGUGCGGGAGGCGGAGGCUGAGCGGCCGACGAAGGCGACGAUCCAAGAGGAGGAACUGGGCAGCGCUGCCCCUGGACGUGAUGCUCUACGUCCUCCACAAGCUGGACGACGUCGAGCUCAUGUUCGGCGGCCCGGCCAGGGUGUGCCGCUCCUGGCACGACGCCGUGUGCGAGCCCGAGCUGUGGCGCCGGAUCGACAUGCGCGGCCGCUCCCUGUGCUUCCGGGAGACGGUCAGCCUCAAAAAUAUGGCGCAGCUCUCCAUUUGGUUCAGCGCCGGGCAGUGCCGAGAGUUCUUCGGCCAGCACGACGUCGACAACGAACUCCUCUUCCUGGCUGACCGGGCACCCUUAUUGAAGAGUCUUCAUCUUAUCAAGCAUUGUGAUGUAAGUAGUGAAACAUUUGCAAAGGCAAUAAUGAAAUUCCCUUUGUUGGAGGAGCUCGAGCUUUGGGAAUGUGAGACACAUGACACCGGGGUCUUUGACCUUGUUGCCAUGGCUUGUCCACAACUGAAGCACUUAAAACAUGUCAAAGAUAGAGGAUAUUCGCAAUAUAUCUGGCUUGAAUACCCUACUGAUAACAGUGAAGCCUUAGCAAUUGCGAAGAUGCAUGAGUUACGCUCCCUGAAGCUUUUCCACGGUGGCCUCGACAACCAAGGAUUGACAACCAUCAUUGAUGGAUGCCCUCAUCUGGAGUACCUUGACAUACGGUAUUGCAACAACAUCAUCAUUGUCGGAGUAAAUAGCCAUGGGUAGCCUAGCCGGCUUCCCCUGGCCCUUCUGAAAAAAUCACGAGCCCGUCCGGCUCCCAAGAAUCCAAGACAUGGAGCCGCAUCCCCCUUGCUGGCUGCCACCCAGGCCGGCUUGAAGAAGGUGGCCCGACUUUUCCCCUAAUGAAGAAAACCAUGGGAGGCCGACUCGAAGAAGCCGGCUCCAAGAUGCCGACUCCAAGAAGCCGGCCAUGAGGAGGCCGACUUCAGGAGGCCGGCUCCCAUAAAGCGGUCGAGA